GGAAACUUCUAUGCACAAUCAUAUACCUGUAUUACGGUAAGGUGGAACUAAUUAGAAAAUAGCACCACUGAAAGACUCAUUGACAAUGAAGCAGAAGUACUUUUUUCAUAAAAAUCAUAACUGAAACAAAGAAAAAAGAUGGGAGUGCGUUUCUUGACCUCGUAUAUCAUUGAGAACGAUGACAAAUUUCUAUGUGAUUAUGACCUGCAAGACACUAAGUUAAUAAUUGAUGGUUCCAGUUUGAUUUUCUUCCUCUAUGAACACUAUAAAAUACCACAUCAGUUUGGAGGAGAUUACGACAUUUUUGCAAGACGAUGUAAAGAGUUUUUCAACAUUUUAACGCAAUGUAAUGUUACACCGGUCGUUGUUUUUGACGGAGCAGACGACCCAAAUAAUAUGAAGUUGACAACAUUAGAGGGUCGAAUGUAUCGGCAGAUAAAUAAGCUAUCAUCUGAAAAAGAAGAGUUUUUCUUACCGCACUUGUCAUUUGUCACUUUUCGCCAGGUUCUUGUGGAGCUUGAUAUAGCACAUGUUGCUUCUUUAUAUGAGGCUGAUAAGGAAAUUGCUGUUCUCGCAAACAAGUUAGGAUGUCCAGUACUAAGUAAUGACAGUGACUUUUAUGUAUUUCGUUUAUCAAGGGGCUACAUUCCCUUGGCAUGCAUAGGUGAACUCGUUCCAAAACAGAAUGCCACAUCGGGAAUACCAACAUUCUAUUUAAAAGUUAAGCUUUACAGAAGUGAAGAUUUCCUGUCGAAAGAGUUCGAUAUGAAAGAUGAUGAGUACAUGUUACCUGUAUUUGCAACGUUAAUGGGAAAUGAUUAUUUUGAUUCAAGGGGAAUCACACUAUCUCUUCAAAGAAAUCCAAAAUACAUGUUAAGACCUGACCCAAAAGAGCCGCAAAAUAUCAUCCAGUGGAUAUGCAAAACCGAUUUCAUAAGUGGUAAAACGGCAUUUUGGGAGAUAUGGCGAGAACUGCCCGAGAACAUGAAAUUCUCAAAACUAUUUGAAGAAUCUGUCAUAUACUAUCAGGAUAUCAAAGACUUUGCUAUAGUUAAAAUGGACAUGUUCCUUUACGGUAACCGAAACGAAGAUUAUCUACGAAGAAGUGCUGUAAAUGAGGACAACGAUUAUACCGAAACUAGCAUGACGCUUUACCAGCGGAAGUCAGGCAACCUGUCUGAAGUUGAAGAUCGCGAUGGAAAUCUGUUGCCUUCUUGGUUUGUAGAAAGUUCUGCAAAAUGCGAUAUAAAAUGCUCUUUCUUCUUAAAUAUUGCAAUUAACCACCGACUUAUCUUCAAGCCACAAAAGGAAAUGGUUAAAAGCUCUUCGUCACAUUCCUGUUCUAGACGAAUUCGAAGAUAUAUCUAUAGUAUUGUCCUGGGUAGUAAAGAUACAUAUGUUGAAGAAAACGAUCGUAUGGAAGAACAUCCAAGAAAGUACUUUGUAGAACCUUUUGACAAAUUACCAAUAAGAGCCAACUUGGCAAGCAUUCCAGAAUUAUCACACACUGACAGAGUAAACCUCCUUUAUGCUGCUUUAGGUGUUAGACCAGGGGCCAAAGUAACAAUGGACAAGAAACUAAAUAGAUCGUCAGAAAUAUUUAUACUCGUUUCAGCACUGUGGAUGAAGAAUGCAAAACCGAGAAUCACAGAGCGUCAUCUGACGACAUUGAUCAUUGGCGUACUUGUAUUACAUGCAAAGGAACUCAAACAAGCAAACAAGUUCGCAAUGACAGACCUACCACAACACUUGUAUAGAGAUAUAGUUAAGGCAAUGCAACAUUGCGCAUGCAUUGAUAGUAUCGUUGAACUGGGGCGUAGAUUCAAUAAAUCUGAAACAUCCCAUUGCCAACCAAACCACGAUGUACAUGCAUACACACAGUUCCAGUCUUGCUAUCUGCACACACUCUACCUAAAUCAAGUUCUUCAGAGUCCAGUGUGUAUCCCAAGCCCCAGCAUGACACUAAACUGUACAUUCCUGUAUAAGUUUGGUCUUCAUCUGAAAAAUGAAAGAUAUCCAAAUCGCUACAUUACCUCCCUGCUGGGAGAUGGUUCUUCCAUUCACAACAUUUUCAAGAAAUGGAAAGCAGCCGUUCUUGUUUCAAGUUUAGAGCGAAGUUUGAUGAAGAAGGUAUGAAAAUGGAAAUGAAUAGUGAUUGUUCAAGCAUAUAUAAUAUUACUACAUUCCAAAACGGUAGCUUAAAAUUACACGGGUUAAGUGUAUUAAUAUGUAGUACAUUGUUCAAUUAAACUUUGACUGAGAAGAAAGAAAAAUAGCUGCAUGCUAUACCAAAAGACGUGUGUGCUGUAAUACAUAAAACCCAAUUGUCACUCGCAAUGUCCCUAUUAAAGUUAUUCCAAUAAUCUAUUGUGUAUUAAGACUAGUGUGAAUCGGAACAACACAAUUCUGUCAGUCUCUAUCAAGAUGGUUGUCCGUUGAAAUAUUGGACUGUGAAAUUAAAAGACAUUUGUAUAAAUUAAUUACACAAAAUGAUUAAA